CCUGCACAAUUUGAAGUUAUUCCCAUAAGCGUACUUUGUUCGCUCGGUGCACGUUAGCAGCGACCGUUUCUCUCAUCUCAUCCCUCUGCUCUUGUAAGCCCUAUACUCGUUAGUUGGGAGGAAAAAUCGAAGCAGAGCUGAGAGGAAAAGGAGCUAUUGAAUUCAUCAGAUUUUGGAGAUGGCGAGCACUGUGGAUGUGGCGGGAGAUGCGAUUCCAACUUCGUCGGUGUUGAUGGCGUCGUCAAAGCACAUAGCGACGAAAUGCAAGAGCGAAAACGUUGCGUUCCUCAAAUGCAAGAAGGAUGAUUCUAACCCUGAGAAAUGUCUGGACAAAGGCCAACAAGUCACUCGCUGCGUCCUUGGCCUGCUGAAAGACCUUCGCCAGAAGUGCACGAAAGAAAUGGAUGCUUAUGCUGGUUGUAUGUACUACCAUACAAAUGAGUUUGAAUUAUGCCGCAAAGAGCAAAAAGAGUUUGAGAAAGUAUGCGCUUUAGGAUGAGUGGAGAAGGAUAUGCCCACUGUCUUACAGUCUUAAUAAUCUAGGCUAGUCUGCGAUGAGCAGAUUGUGCUGUUGCCUUCACUUUUGAUUUAAACUUUUAUGGGUUUGGAAUGCCAGCUCGCCCUGUGUGGUAGAGAUACUGGUGUUGGAAGCUGUUUUUUAGUAGCAAAAAUGCUGCAAAAUGAUAUUAUCUCUGUUCCGAUCAUUAUUAUUGAUAAUUACUGUUUGAAUUGUGGAAUAAUUGACCAUUUUUUCUUCUUUGUCA